UAAUUUUUAUAUUUUUCUUUUGGCCAAUCAAGUACUCCUUGACCUACUCCACCUGUCACAACACAUCCCGCAAUGAAGCGUUCCCCCUCCUCGCUGGAACUGGCCUGGCCAUCGGGGCUCCAGCACGUGGUCUUCCGCGAACUGGGAUGGCACUGUGGCCGCGACUCGGGUCGUAACAUCCGGGUCGCGCGGACGAACCUUGCAAAAGCUUGCCAGGCGAAUCCCGAGGCCAGCGACUGUCACUUGCGGCGAGCCGUCACCGAGUUGGGCGAUUUAAAUGUGGAAGCGGCGUUGGAGAACUGCCGGAACGGGUUGGCCGUUGACGGAUUUGAGGAAGAUUUUGGCGGUGUGGAGUUGGAGGGAAGGAUUCUGUUCGAGAGGGGUGACUUCGAGGAGCAUGCCAGAGUGACGUUUAAUAGGAAGGAAUUGCUGGUGGGGCAUCGGAGGAAGCAGCUGAAGGCGGAGUGGCAGAUUGCGGUCAACAAUUACGAGAAUAUUCUGGGGAGGAAAGCGGGCGGUUGCUUGUACGAAUUACGAGGGAAUAUCGCGAGGAUUUGUAACCGUCAAGCAGGUAAACACAAGAAAGAUCCUCAGGAGUGCGAUGUAGUCAGUCUACAGGAAGAGGAGCAUGUCGAAGCUCACAUCCGUAAGGAGAAGAAGCUUCAGAAGGAUACGCGAAUGCUUGGUCAACUAUAUCUGGGUAAAACAUGGAAAGAUCUUGAGUUUCUCCAAUCUCUACGAGGAAACGGGCAACACGGUAACGUCGUAAGACUUCCGGGAGCAAAAGAGAGUUCCGAAUCGAUGUCCAAUACCAUAGAGGAAUGCUAUCAGAAGGUAUCCCACAGUCUACACCAGCUUCAAUCCAGAACUCCAGUGUACACACUUCGAAACAAGCGCUUCGGAAGUAAACAAUCCGCCGAUUCGUACACGCAGGAAAACCUUUUCAAGUGGCGCUACAAGACGUACCGAGAUGUCUACAACCAGCUCGAUCGCAUGCACGAACUUCGAGAGCAACGAAAUCUCCAGGAACUGCUGAAAUUCGCCGAAGAUACUCUGUGGAACUAUUACCAGAUCAAAACGACUCGCGUCUUUCCGGACCAGUUCAAGUUCACCGCGGAAGUGUGCAACCUGGUCGGUUUGGCAGUGCUCGAUCAGCUCGAAGUUCCACUAAACCUCAUGGAUGACCCCCUCGAAGAUCGUCUCCGUCACCUGUUCCACCUUCCACCGCUUCGCGAAACCGCCCUAGUAGUCCCAAUCUUCGGCGACAAAUCAACCUUCCGUGAUCCGGCCGCCCCCGACAAGCAGUACCUCAGCUACCGGAACCGUCGUCUCAAGCUGGAACACCGACUCCACCACAGCAAGUACCCGAUCGAGCAAGCCCUGCUAUACCACGCCCUGGCCCAAACGCACCUCGACGGUGAGCAGCUGGACACGGCCCGGAUCAUGGCCGGUAGCGUCAUGCGAGCGGCGCAGGAAGCGGGAAGUAACCUGUGGUUUGCGCUCGGAACGCUGCAGCUGGUGGCCGCCGAUUGUCUCCAGCGGAACGUGGAAAAGCUGGCCCGAUCGCUGACCAGUGCUGCCGGGGCGGCGAGUGCGCUCAAGUGCCACCGGCUGCGGCAGGUGAUUCAUGUGGCAAGGAUUAUAAACGAUGAACUGAUCAGUAAAAAGAAAAAGAAACGAGAUUCUCAGGAGAGUCAACUUAUGUAGAUCGGUACAGUGUUUAUUAUAUUUUAUAACAAGUUUUAAAGGAUGCUUAAUAAAACACAAUAAGGCUUUCUAGGCCCAGUGAAAAAAAUAUAAUUUAACUCAAAAAUGACGAACUCCUCGUCACAGUGUCCUGAUGCAAACAAUGAUCGAGCUGUAGCUGUCACAGCCCUGCGAAGUAUGUUGGCUGACAUAUCGGGCAGUCAGUCAAAUAAAUCAGCUAGAAGUCGCUUGACAAAAAAAAAUUGCUAGAAAGAGAUAGUAAACCUGAUGCAAACAAAAGUCCAGCUGUCAUGUAAACAUACUUUGAAUGUGUUGGUAAAUUUCUGACUAGAAAGCCUUAUACUGCAACGUAACCAGGGGGAUGCUAAAGGUCGCCAUCUUGAGUGAUUGAGAUUAAUAACGCACGAAAACUGCGCACAGUGAAAACAAAACUAUUUUUGCUUAUCAAUAAUUCAAUUUUUAUUAUAAGAAUUACUGUAGUAAAAGUCAAAUUACACAGUAGUAAAGUUAAAUGUUUCAUGUGAUAAAAGUACAACUUUUAGUGAAGUCAUCGGCCCGAUGUGUGCUUCAUAAUCCCAAUUUUAGUAUUUUAUUUUGCAAAUAAAUUGAUAAAAAUCACCUCAAAAACAUACACUAACUUUUGAACUUACAUUGCGGUAAAAUUUUACAUAAAAACAAUAAUUACUUUAUUUCCAUUUUAUGCCAGCAGUUUUUGUACUUUUUUUGCUUUGAUUUGGUUCCGUAACGAACAGCUGUUCUUUUGUGCUGGCGCCGAAAUUGACAGCUUCCUGUUGUUCUGGUGCCGAAGUUGACAGCUUGCUGUAUUUGAAACCUUUUCAAUUAAUCUUAAAACUCAAUUUUGGAUUUGUGCAAUUCUUUGGGGCUUCGGUAAACAUUGGAUAUUCGUAUUAUUUUCCCGAGCAGACGGAGAUAACUUUGGAAUAUUUUUUUUUUUUUUUGAUAUUUGAAAAUACUAGGCCAAUAAAAUUUUAUUCGUUUUCGUUUUCGUUUUACGGAGCAAGGUGGGGGACGCGGCCUCAAGUCAGUCCAAGUCCGGUUUCUUGUGGAAAAAGGGUAGUGGCCGAACUAGUAUUGCAUACCAAAUGAACACCACCGGAAGAUAUAGGGGAUCGGGAGGGGGGAGGUGAAAGAAAAUUAGUGUUGGUGUGAGUAGUAAGAACUUGGAUGACUUGAGCAGUUACGGUAAUCUAAGUUUAACACUGAAUAAAGAAAAUCUGAAAUUGUGAUUCAAAGUAAGAAGGCCCGGAAUAAAUUAAAUUAUUAGUUAAUUAAAUAAGAAAAUGUAACAAAUCGGAGAUCUAUACAAAAGAAACCUAUGAUGUAUUCCAAAUUUAAAGAAAAUAAAAAAUACUAGAGAAAAAAAAAAUGAAAACUAACUGCCGACCUGUCACGUCCGUCAAUAGUCUUGUCGUACAUUACAACUAGAAACAGAUCUGCCAAUAAAAUGUUACACUUCGUUCAAAUCAACUAAUCAUUUCAGUCCAAUUAUUCAUCGACGGAAAACUAUCUAACUUUAAUCAACAACCUAAACUAAACUGUCUGAAAGUAAAUUUAAUCUCAAAUUCCCGAAUGUUUUAUUAUAACGCCAAAUAAGGUAAAGGAUCUUGUUUUUAAACCAGUCUUGCCGCUUCCAAAAACCAAUAAACAUAAAUGAAUAGUUCAUAAGUUGAACACUAGUAAUUAAGACGAUUAUUUCAUGCCUUUCAUUUCAUUAGGGCAUAGAGCUUUGCAAACAAGAGUGCAUCUCUAUUAUACCUUAUGUAAACUGUCAUUUGAGUGAAGGAGACACACUCCUGUUCACAAAACCCAUGCGACCUUUUGAAAUGUUAGGCUCCAUUUGAUCGUCAAGGCUCCAGUAGACCCUCGAUUCGCAACAAUGGUCGAUACAACCAUAAUCCGAAAACCGUUAGUUCAACAGAUUAACGAAUUUUGUCCGAUAUCAUCGCACUAUUGAUUGACCGAGACUCUAUGGAAAUUUUGACAUAUCAAAAUGCUACGUAAUAAUAUUUUUUUUUUUAAUAAAUUUCAAAAUCUAUUCUAUCCUACAAUGCCUAGAAGAGGCCUCUGUUUCUGUUGUGAGUAAGCGCUGGUUUCAGAGUUCAUUUUUCAAUUUAAAAGGGGUGGGAGACGACUAAUUUGCUUCAUGAACUCCUACUCGGCCUUGGGACCACCUCUUAAGACACUGAUGGCUCCUAGCUAGGAAUUAAACCUAGACACAGCGUCGAGGCCCGCUUCGCAUGGCAAAAAUGUUGGCUGGGGGGAAGUGAUAUUAUCACGAAAUUUUAUUUUAAAGCCAACAUUGCUAACGGCGUCGAGGUCCUUACUCAUGCCCAAGGAACUAGG